AUGCCGAAUUGUGUAGUGAAAGGGUGUAAAAACCAAUCUUUGAAAAAUAAAAACCAGGAUGGAAUCACAUUUCACACGUUCCCCAUCCGAAAUAAAGACAUUAGAGAAAAAUGGAUAGAAGUGAUUCGAGUUAGCCGGAAUGAGCCAUCGUGGAAUCCAACGGUGCGCAGCGUAGUUUGUUCAACACGUUUUGAAGAUGACGAUUUUUAUAACACAAAUAAAGGACUUCGCCGCGUGGUACGAAACGAAUAUCCAAAGGUUAUUUCCAAUGUUUCUAUAAUAUUAUAUUUAGUAAUAAAUUUAAAAAUAUCGUUUAUUAUCGAUAUUUUUCCAUGUAGCACUGACAAGUAA